AUACUUGUUAAAACCGCCCCCUUUCCUCAACCAAACCCUAUAUUCUGGGCUUCCGCCUCCAUACUUUUCUGUCAUGAUAACGCUAAGCACGAAACAGGCCAUGACGAGAUGGAAGACGGCCUUUAAAUUAAAGAGCAUGGGAGCCGCUGUACACAAAAGUCAAGUCAAUCCUGAAUAAAUUCCCCCACUCGCGUCCAAGUCAGGUCCAACUUCACCAACGCCUGUAUAUCUACCACAAGCACCUCAACCAACAAUGGCCCGUAUCUUCCACAUCCUCCUCUUCGGCGCCUCCGCCCUCGCCCAAUCCUCCUCCAUUGUCUCCCUCUUCCUCGUCAACGCCGACUCUCAACCCCUCGCCGCCUCCGUCGUCGCCGCCGACUCCACCGCCACCACCUACGCCAUCGCGUGCGACGCCGAGGUCAACGACGACGACUGCGGCAUCCCCGGCACCGCCACCUUCACCCACAUCGGCUCCACCUACGCUAUGAGCGUGUCAUACGCGGAGGAUUCAAUGACCGGCUCGUGGCAAUGCGUCGCGGACACUGUGACCGGCGCGACGUGCACCGGCACCGUGGGCAUCGCCAGCGAACUUGGCGCCGAGACUUCCCUUCUCAGCGACUAUUCGGAGUCGGACGCCGGGUCGAUGGAGACCUUGAUGAAGCCGUCGGAGGUUACCUUCCUGCCGGUCACCAUCACGGAGGGGUUGGAGAAGCUGGCGAGCGCGACGGGGGCGACGGAAAGUGGUCCGGCGGCGAGCACGUCGGGAGCCGCCACGGGGAGCUCUCCGAAGCCGACGGCACCUUCGCAGACUGGGUUGGGAAGCGCAGCAUCGCCGCAGCAGACGGGUGGAGCAAGCAGAGCGGGCGUGUUGUCGGGCUUGUUGGUGUUGGCGGGAUUGUUGCCCGCUGCUAUAUUAUAACUGCGGACUGAUGGGCAUGGAUUAUAGACUGAUACUCUUAAGCAUUAUAAAAGCUCCUUGUGGUUGAUUUGUCGCUGUGAGAA